AUGGCGGAGGGCCCCAUUCGCACUGCGGAGGCUCGCGACCUCACCCGAGUGGAGCGUGUUGGCACACACUCCCACAUUCGCGGCCUCGGCCUCGAUGACACGCUCGAGGCACGCGUUUCAAGUCAGGGUAUGGUGGGUCAGAUGGAGGCCCGGCGCGCGGCUGGCGUGGUUGUGCAGAUGGUGAAGAAGGGAAAGAUCGCCGGUCGAUGUGUGUUGCUGGCUGGCGGGCCGGGGUCUGGCAAGACGGCCAUUGCGAUGGCCAUGGCGCAGUCUCUUGGCCCCGAGACGCCUUUCACCAUGAUCGCUGGUAGCGAGAUCUUUUCUCUGGAGAUGUCCAAGACAGAAGCACUGACGCAGGCGUUCCGUCGCAGCAUCGGCGUGCACAUCAAGGAAGAGACGGAGAUGAUCGAGGGAGAGGUAGUGGAGGUGACCAUUGAUCGCCCCUCCACGAAUCCCGCCGAGGCCCACCAGCGCACCGGCCAGCUGGUGCUUAAGACGUCCGACAUGGAGUCUACCUUUGACCUGGGGCAGAAGAUGAUUGAGAGCUUGCAGAAGGAGAGGGUCCAAGUGGGCGAUGUCAUCACGAUCGACAAGGCCACCGGUCGCAUCAACAAGCUAGGCCGCAGUUUUGUGCAUAGCAAGGAUUUUGAUGCCAUGUCCGCGAACACGCGCUUCGUGCAGACACCGGAGGGGGAGUUGUCAAAGCGCAAGGAGGUGGUGCACACCGUGACGUUGCACGAGGUGGACGUGAUCAACUCUCGCCAGCAGGGAUUCCUCGCUCUCUUUGCCGGUGACACCGGUGAGAUCAAGCCCGAGGUGCGCGAGCAGAUUGAUCAGCGUGUCGCUGAGUGGCGGGAGGAGGGUAAGGGUGAGAUUGUUCCCGGUGUGCUCUUCAUCGACGAGGUGCACAUGCUCGAUAUCGAGUGCUUCUCGUGGUUGAACCGUGCCCUGGAAAGCCCGUUGGCGCCGGUGGUGAUCGUCGCGUCGAAUCGUGGCAUUUCGCGGAUCCGUGGUACCCAGUACAAGUCGCCGCACGGCAUCCCGAUUGAUCUGCUGGAUCGCAUGAUGAUUAUCACGACAAACCCCUAUUCGCAGGAGGAGCUCGCUAAGAUUAUUAACAUUCGGUGCGAGGAGGAGGAUGUGGAGCUGACAGAGGACGCCUUUGCUCUUCUGACGACUCUCGGCCAGAAGACGUCGCUGCGCUACGUGCUGCAGCUCAUCACGACAGCGAACAUGGUCGCGCAGAAGCGCAAGUCGUCGACAGUCUCGGUGAAUGACAUUAAGAAGGUAUACCUUCUCUUCAUCGACCUCCGCCGCAGUGUGGAGCUGCUGCAGGAUCACGAGAAGGACUUUCUUUUUGGCGAGGAGGAUGCGCACGUGGAAAACUCGACUCGUCCGCGCGUAGGGGACGACGAGGAGGACCGCGGCACCGAGGAGAGAGUGCGGUAA